CCAAACAAUCCGGGGAAUUCCCUGAGAGCAGACCCUGUAUAAAAAUCUACCUAACCUAUCUUCGGAAAAAUAAUUCCUCCACUACCGACACAGUUUCUCACAUGGUCCCGGCUGCCCCAACCUCUAAACCAUCUCCAAGUGCUCCAGUAUCAUAUCUGAUGUAAUCGAGAACCUCUUGAAGCCAACCCAGUACAUGAAGACCGGAACCAAGUGCUGGUGACAGUGAAAACAAGUGAAACUCAAAUUUAUUCUUAUUUGAAAUGUCUAACUCUACUAAUGAAACGCCGAACAAUGAAAAGCCGAAUACUAAGAACUCUGUAUAUACCCCUCCUCCGACGAAGACAUACCCUGACGAACACGGUGAAUUGUAUGGGCACGACCUGUACCCCGAGAGACGAGGUUUCAAGCCCAGAUCAAUUGUGAAAACUGUGUUCUUGAAGGAAGGCGAGGAGAAUAUACAAAAGUAUCAUUGCGAGAGAAUGCUCUAUAACUGCGUGAAAAAACAUCCCAUAGUGAAGCUGAUGAUGGCAGCUCUGAAGAGUUCAGGAUGCCCAGUGGACAUCAGAAGACACAUGACCUGUGAAAUGUGUGACCAGUCAGUGACAGGUGGCUACGACCCCGAGCUGAAUCAGAUUGUCGUCUGCCAGAACACCGCUAGAAUUGAGACCAUGAUCUCAAGUGUACUGUCCCAUGAGAUGAUUCACAUGUUCGACUACUGUCGAAAUAAUCUGGACUUCAAGAAAUUGGAUCACCUAGCCUGCACAGAAAUUCGGGCGGCCAAUCUGACAUACUGUAGUUUCUUAAGUGCAUUUUUCGAUGGAGAUGCAUCCUGGUUUAAUUUAAAGCAGAAACAUCGGGAGUGCGUCAAGAGACGAGCAACGCUGUCAGUCCUGGCAGCCAGAGGAGUAACCCCAGAGGAAGCGGCAGCAGCGGUUGAUCGUGUCUUCGACAAAUGCUACAACGACAUGGAGCCCAUAGGUAGGAGAAUACGAAAAUCCACCGACGACAUGGAGAAGGCCCUAUACGAGGGCUCUCUCUAUGGCUACGAUCUCUAGCAAAUUGUCCUGUAAUUAGUGAUGAAUUUUUUCAAUGUAUGUAUUUCAAUGCAAUAAUGGACAUACUCUCGUCAGCGAUUAUUAAAAAAAUUAUCCAUUUUA